UGACUAAGCUCGUCGCACGCAUUACGGCCGUGGAUCUUGAGUUCCACGUUAGCGGGACGGUUGUUGCGAUUCUACGCUGAGAGCAAUUUGCUAGCCCUGGUAGGACAUUGGUCCGACGCAGUCAGUCCGGCGUGCAGACAGACCGAUAAACAGACGGAAAGAUAGACUGCCGCUCUUGUGGCUCGUUGAGAGUUACCUGCGCGCCGGUCGAACAUUGAUCGGUUCGGCGAAGUCUGGACGAGCAGACAGGCAGACGGACAGGCCGGUCGACAAGGACACGCACCAAUGGGUAACUAGGCAAACGGAGGAGAGCAGAUUGCGGUCGGACUGAAGGAGAGAGCGCUAGGCAGACGGCGGAUUCAGGGCGAACUGCAUCUGCCGGACGCGUAGAUUAAUCUGGAGCGUGGGCCAUGGAGCCGGACGGAAGCAUCGAGUCGGCGUCGGUGAUCCGCGUGGUGGUGCUGCAGGUCGGGGAGAUCACCGCCUCGGCGUUCCGCAGCUACUCCAACCUCAUCAUGAAGCACAGGGUGAUGCCCCUGCAGGGCGUGUUCGGAUACUACAAGGAGCACCAGAAGAGCCCCUUCUCGCACCAGCCAUGGUCGUCAGGAUCGCUGCGUUUCAACUUCAUCUUGGGAGGCAGCAGCCGCAGCCCCUGGCAGGAGUUUGUGGCGCAGAGAAAGAUCCACGGGGUGAUCGGCGUGUGCCACUGCCCGCGCAUGCCUGACAUUGCAGCAGCCUACGAGGAGUUUGUGCUGGCGUGCAAGGCGUACCCCCUGGCGCAGGUCAAGCGCUGCAUCGCCUUCGACCCCAACACGGAGCAGCUGGCGGAGGAGGACCCGCAGCGGCGCAACCUGGUGAUUCUGUCGGGGGCGGACCAGCAGCGGCUGGAGGCGCUGCUGGUGUCGGUGAUGCACGACUUUGCGGCGUGCGUGCUCAUGGCGCUCGAGAGCUGGGUGCUGCACGUCGACCCCAUCGCUGCCAUCUUCCUCUCGCCGCUUGAUAACCCCAACGUCACGCCCAACGAGGAUGCGGCGAAGCUGAAGAAGAAGCGCUUGGCGCGCAUCCAGAAGGCCAUCGGCGACUACUGCCUGCUGGCAGGGUCCCCUCUGGACGCGCGCAGCCACUACGGCACCGCCAUCGAGCUCGGCCGCCUCACCAACAGCGGCGACCCGCUCUGGCUCGCCGGGGCCCUGGAAGGACACGUCAGCACCCUGGCGGUGGAGAAGGGGCGAUGGGACGAGGAUCUGGAGGAGGAGAUCCGCACCAAGUACAGCGAGAUCGUGCCGUUGUACCGCAAGGCGGGCGCCAUGAUCUUUGAGUUGGAGGCGCUCAUCAAAGUCGCCAGAUUCAUCUGCCGCAAGGAGAUGGCACGGGACGUGGUGGACCUGCUGGCCCAGGCGGUGGAGACAGGCAGAGGGCUGCAGAACCCCAGCGACCUGCUCGUGCUCUACAUCGAGGUGGCGCGCAUAUUCCAGCAGCUGGGGUACGAGCGCAAGGCAGCCUUCUUCACGCGCCAGGUGGCCAAGCUGUACGAGCAGCAGGAGUCAAGAUUCGCCGCUGUCAGCGCGCUGCAGGUGCUGGCCCUGGCGUCCUCGUCCUACAAGGUGCAGUCCCUCGCGCUCUCCCCCGUGCUCGCCACCCCCGCUGCCACAGCAGGAACAGCAGCAGCAGGCGCAGCAGCAGGGGGAGCAGGAGCAGGAGCAGGCGCAGCGAGCGGGAAGGGAGCAGGGAAGAGCAGCAGGGCGGCGGUGACUGCAGCGGAGAGCAGUGCGCCGCCUCUGGGCGGGGGCCAGUGGAGCCGGCUGCAGAUGGAGGUGCUCAGCGACCUGCUGGCUGUUGCCGUGCGGGCUGGCGACCCCUUGGCCGCAUGGGCCGCUGCUGCCAGGCUGCUGAGAGGCUUCUACCCGCUCAUUCUGCCGCAGAGCCAGGUGUCUCUAGCCCAGGCGCUCACAUCAGCCAGUGAGAGGCUGCCAGCUGGCACGCGCUGCCCCGACCUCGCUCUUCCCUUCGUGAGGUUCCAUGCGUUCGCCACGGCCCCGCAGCAGACCCAGGUGGUGAAGCGGGUGCGCGGGAAGCGCGACUGGUGGGUGGGGGCGGGCGGGGGGGGUCCGUUCAUCUACACGCCCUUCACGACGCGCGCCGCCAAUGUGAAGCCGGACAUGGUGUGGAUCGUGGGAGAGGUUGCGCAGGUCAUUGUCGAGCUCUCCAACCCCUGCGCCUGUGCCGUCGACAUUGAGUCCAUCUAUCUGAAUGUUGACGGGGACUUCCAGCCGUUUCCUGCAUCGCUCUCGCUUCGCCCGAACACGUACUCACACCUGCUGACGCUGUCGGGGUUGCCUCGGUCCCCUGGGGUGAUCACGGUGCAGGGCUGUUUCCUGCAGUCGUUUGGCGUGCUCACGGACCAUCGAUUUGCCGAUACGACGAUCACGACCGUUGCUGCCGCGGCAGGGAGUGCGGGGUCGGGAGCAGGGCUGCCAUUGAUCCCUGGCGUGGGUCUGGUGGAUCCGUUUUCGCCCGCUGCUGCUGCGUCCGUUUCCGCUAACUCUGCUGCCGCAGUGGCGACUGCUACCCCUCUCUCCGCCCCUACUCUCUCUGCCACUUCCUCUUUGUCUGCUGCUGCAGCAAGUGUUGACACUGCGGUUAAGAGCGGUGCCAGUGCCGGGCGGGGAUUCUUGGCCUCUUCUCCCAUCCCGUCCACCUCUGUCCUGCCCGUGCUCGAUAUUUCCGUGCUGCCCGAACUCCCGUUAUUGGUCGCAACUGCGGAGGAUGGUGAUGGGGCAGCUGCCGUUCUUUUCGAUGGGGAGGUCAGGGAAAUCUCGGUCAGGCUGGUAAAUUCCAGCCGCGUGCCCGUAGUGGACGCCCAUGUUUCUGUGGCAGGCAGGCAGAAGCGGCACCUGAUCGUUCUCGGGCAGGAAAAACUUGCAGCAGCGUUGCCCCUGCUUCCCGGAGCUGCAGUCACUCUGCCCGUGAAAAUCGUGGCGCAAUUCCAGCCUGAGAGUUCGGAGGACGACGAGGAUGACGUGGGAGGAGAGGGGGGCGGGGGAGGGGAGCAGAGCACGAGCAGCAAGGAGGAGGAUACAGUGAACCUGGUCGUGCACUAUGCUGGGCCCGACAAGGACCCUGAGAAGGAACCUGACACCCCUGCAGCAGCAACCCCUUCCUCAAACCCCCCACCACCCUCCUCCUCCUCCUCCUCCUCCUCCGCCUCCAAGGGCAAGGACAAGGAUGAUUCGGUCCCAGGGCGCCGCCUGUCCUUCCCCAUCAACCUCUGUGUGCGCCGCGGCCUCUCCCUCGUGCGCGCGCGCCUGCUCGUCACAGGCGGCGUCACUCCCGCCGUGCAGUCAGACGGGGGGGUCAGCAGCACUGGUGCUGGCGGUGGCGGUGCUGCUGCCUCCCUUGCUGCUUCUGGUGGCCGCAGCGGUGGUAACCCGGUAACUGGGGCUGGCUCAACUUGGGGCUCGCAAAGUAAGGGUGGAGGAGGGGGAGGAGGGGCGGCAGUGAGGAGGGGAGUGAGUGGGGAGGGGGGGAGGGAGAUAGAGGUGCCGGUGCGGCAGGCCAAGGGGCUGCGGCUGCUGGAUCUGGAGGUGUGGAACGGCACUGACUCUGCCUUUGAUGUCUCUGUGCUCGUUGACCCCCCUGCCUCCCACAAUCAACCAAUGACCGCCGCUGCUGCUGCCGCCUCUGGUGCGCCAGCCACUGGAGCAGCUGCCAGAGGAGCGGCAGCAGCAGCAGCAGCAGCACAACCAGCAGCAUCAGCUGCAUCAGCAGCAUCGGUGUCACUCCUGGCGUCCAGCCAGCUGCCUCCCUUGUCCAACCUGCAGGCGUCCCUGGAGGAGACCGCCGUCCUCGCCUCGGGGGGCUCCGUCUCGCACUCGCGCAUCGGACGAGACUGUGCCGCCCGCCUCCUCAUCCCGCUCGGCGGAUUCGAUUCUCUCCUGGGCUCCGAGGCGGAAGCCGCCCUGGCGGUGCUGCACCACGAGGAGCAAUCGGGCGGCGACACCACGGUGCGGCGGCAGCUGGCGCUAGGCCUGGGCCCGAUCCCGUCCCCGUUCACAACCAUCAUCAACGCCAUCUGCUCGCGUGUGAAGGUACGGUGGCUGUCGGCGCGCAACUGCCGUGGGGAGGUGCGAAUCCGAGAGGCGGUGAGAGCCGUGGUGGAGAGCCAGGCUGUCUCCGUGCUGCUGCCCGACCCCCUGGCAUUCUCGUUUAGGGUCACAGCACCUCCUGUGACUGGUGCUGGUGGUGCUGGUUCUUCUGAGUCGACUCACUUGGCGCUGGCGAUGAAUGCCGAGGCUGGUGCUGCAAGGGAUGGUGGAAGGGAAGGCGUUUCGGGUGAUGGGGGAGGGGGAGGAUGUGGAGGAGGAGGGGGCGCGGGGGCGGGGUUCAGUGUGACAAGCGCGCUGGAGUUUACCACAGUGGAGCUGAUGGUGACCAACCAGAGCAAGGGCAAGCUGGCCGUGAGCGUGAGUGUGACAUGUCGCGACGUGACUGGCGAGACGUGCGUGGGAGAGGCCACUCCGAAGCAGCACGUCAUGUGGGCAGGCACGCUGAACGGCAUAGACGGCACCCUGGACCCUGGCCAGUCCCUGUUGCACCGCUUCAGCCUGUGCUUCCUGGUGCCUGGCGAGUACACUCUCUUCGCCGCUGCAGUUGUGGACAACCAGGGCCCCUCGCCCACCUCCAUGCUUGCCUCGCACGCACACAUGGCGGGGAAAGCAGGGCACACUCAGAACCCCAACCCCUGGUGGGCCGUGCUGGACGCGAGUAGACGGCCCCAGACCAUCUGCUGCACCAGCUUGCCACACGCCAUCACUGUGCUGGGUGCCACAUAGUGUACACUUGCAACUUGUUAUGUAUAUGAUUCAGUUGGAAACACCACCUGAUUCGCAUGAGGAUGGCAUUGAUGGUGGAGCCACAUGCAAGUUGCAUUGCAACUCGAUGCUCAUUGAAA